AUACUCUACGCACUCCCCCACCCUUUACUUUUCCCCUCCCCCAACUCCGAAAGCCAUCCUAGAAACUCCUAAAACCCUCUGCCUUUCUCUCCUGUGUGUCGUUUCUCGUCAGUAGAACAAGAAAAAAGAAAUCCAAUUUUUCCGCAAGGAACGAAACCCUAAGAACCCUAGCUAUCCGAGGCAUGAUCCCCCAGCAGACCCCGCUGGAAUCCGACCGCCAGGCCCUGGCCACUCCGCCCGCCGCGGCCUCGCAGACCAUCCAGCCUUCCUCGCCACGCCUUUUCUUCUCCUCCGCAGCCGCGGCCAGCCCCUCCGUUGGGUCCCAUCGGCGGAUCGCGAUCGCCGUCGACCUCUCCGACGAGAGCGCCUACGCCGUGAAGUGGGCCGUCCAGAACUACCUCCGCCCCGGGGAUGCCGUCAUCCUCCUCCACGUCCGCCCCACCAGCGUCCUCUACGGUGCCGACUGGGGUUCCAUCGACCUCUCGGUGUCUGCCGCCGCCGCGGCGUCGGAGGAGGCCGACUCCGAGGAGUCGCAGCAGAAGCUGGAGGACGACUUCGACGCCUUCACGACCACCAAGGCGCAGGACCUCGCCCAGCCGCUCGUGGAGGCGCAGAUUCCCUUCAAGAUCCACAUCGUCAAGGACCACGACAUGAAGGAGAGGCUCUGCCUCGAGGUGGAGAGGCUCGGGCUCAGCGCCGUCAUCAUGGGGAGCCGGGGGUUCGGGGCUUCCCGAAGGACAAGCAAGGGGAGGCUCGGGAGCGUCAGCGACUACUGCGUCCACCACUGCGUUUGCCCUGUGGUCGUCGUCCGGUACCCCGACGAGGGGGGCGGGGCCGGAGCUGGGGCAGGGAGCGUCGUCGAUGGUGGUGAUGCGUUGGUGGCGAAGGGCUUCGUGGAGAAGGAGGCGGAGUUGCACCCAGUGCCGGAGGAGGAGCAGGAGUACCACGAUGCCUCCGAUGAGCAGAAAGUAGCUGAUAGAAAAAAUAUCGACUUUGAUCGUUUUUCAUUUUCCUGGACUGAAGAUGCUCCAACUCGUGAUAUUUGAUGAGCAUUUGGGUUGCGGCGUGGUCCUUUUGAAUCUAGAGAACAAACAAGCGAGGAACCAAAUGGAGAUAGGGAACUAGCUCGACCCUUUUGUAGAGAGGACUCUGCCAUGUAUUGAACCGCUAUCCCCUGUUCCACUUGCCGAUUGCCUCUCGUAAACUGGAUGGAUGAUGAGUAUGGUAUCAUUUGAGUUGCAUUCUCGUAGGUCAUCCGAAGGUUUUUACUGCUUUCUUCUGUGAAAUAUUUAUGCUAACGUUUCCCUGUUUUUACUGUUUGGUUCUCUUUUGAACAUAAAUUAUAUUUUUAGUUGAUGCACCUGCUUUUUGACAGUAACGUGUAUUUUUCAAUUUUCUGUUCAUCUUUCUUAUCACCAAGUUGCCAGGAGCCUAGCAAACUCGUUAUUUUCCAAGCUCUAAAUAUCAAGUUCCAACCUAAA